AUGGCUCUCCCACCAGAGCAGAUCAACAUCAAGCGGCGUCGCGAGGAGGAGCCCGUGGAGACACUUUAUAUCCAGUCCGCCUCGCGCCAGACUAAGCGCCGUUUCACUGACUAUGUCUUCGAGCGCGUUACCAUCAAUAGCAAGGAUGUCGGAAAUGACGCGACGGGCCCUCCACCGGGAAAUCCAGCCGCCCAGCGCCUGCUGCGCAGCCCUCGCUCCGUGAGCAGUCUGCACAUCCCCAACCGUCGCGCCAGGCAGACGACCAACGCCAACGGUGUGCCCAUAGUACGCGCUACAUCCCCAGGUGCAGAGAUCCGCGAAGCCCAGCGCAUGGCCACUGCCAGAAAGGAAGCCGAGGAGAAGCGCCAGCGUACUCUCCAACCUCAGCCCGCACCCCAGCCCACUCCCAGUCCAGCUCCUUCCUCAACGACGGAGCUAGGAAGACCAAGCUCCCCAUCCGUGACACCCUUGUCGAGUCACGCCCAGUCCCUCCGCCGCUUUCAGAUCUCGCGAUCCAAUAGCCCGAGCCUCGGGUCACCGCGCAGCAUGGGUGGCGGUAUCCAGAAGCGUCGGCCAGACGGCGCAGCGCCCGGUGUAGCCGUGCUUGUCGAGCAGCUUCGGCGCCAGCCGCACUCGCGCCAGGCAUCGAUGGUAGCAGGGCUGGUGGAUCGUGCUCGAGUUGAUGCAGCUGUGCCAGAACAACAGCCCGACGAGGUCCCAGUGAAACCGCGCAAACGACCCCUCGUCAACCAGGCGGAGAGAAAGUGGCGUGCAGAGCGUCAGGGCGCUAUUAAUGCUGCGAAGCAGCAUCUCUCCGAGGUGCUGGAGAACUCGGCGCAGCAAGCGCAUCAGAAUACAUGGGACGAGGAAUCUGAGCGUCUCGUCAAGGAUUUGGAGCAGGUUGCGCUUGAGUUGGAGCACGAGCAUAAUAUGGAGGUUGACGAUCAUACAAUGGACUUUACGGAAGCGCCUGGUCCACAGCAGCCGCAGCUAAUGCCUCCGCCUAUCUCCCCGCCGAAGCCGAUGAAGUAUCAGCCCCGUCCGCCGAAACAGCCUCGCAAUGUACAGCAACAGCCCGCUCCGGAGGCAGAAAAGGAGGGCGACGUCAGUGUGGGUGCGGGUGCGGGUGCUAGCGCUGGUUCGGCUGUGGUCGAGGAUAAUGAGGAUGACUACGUCUACGACGUGUAUAUCCGUCGACCGCUGUCGGAAAGCGAAAUACUUACCAAUCCCCUGGCAGAGCUGGAGUGUGAGCAGCAGCUUCAGCAGCUUGAGGCGGCGAGUCGGGGGAUUGGUGUUAUUGUCAUUACUGCCGAGGACGAGGAGUACUGGGAGCAUUUCGUGGAAGAUGAAGAGGAGGUAUGGGAUAGCGAGGAUGCGGAUUCGAAUGCUGAAAAUAAUCCUGCAAACGAAUAUCCCGAUGAAGAACUUUCGUUAUCGGAUGAAGAUGACGAUCCGACUGCUAUCUACCACAAAUACAGGCAUCGUGCUACCUCUGAUGACGAGGAGUUUGACAUUGAUGACUCUGGUAGCGAGGGUGGUGCCCGGUAUGGAUCUGGGUAUGGGUUUUCGCAACGGUAUGGUGGGGAUAGGGAUUCAGAUGAGGGUAGUUAUUGA